CAGAGCUCUGUGGACACGUCAUUUGCCAAUAGCCAAUCGCAUGGAGCCAAAGCAGGACCCUGGGAUCGCUGUUGUGCUUCCAACGUGGGACUCCGCCGACCGAGCAGAAAAAAGGAAAAGUAAGUUAGAGGACAAAACUCACGGUGGCGGGACUCGGUCUUGUUACUGCUAACCGGAAUGUUUUGGUUUUGGGACUACGGUCUUCCACCGAGACGCCGUUGGACCCGGACUGACCAUCUAUUGGCGUUUGGGUGCAUUCCGAAGUUGGAGCAGGAGCUUUGGAUUUAAGGAGUCGAGGCUGAGAUUUGGACGUCAACUUAUAUGGGCUGACUUUUGCUGUGCGUGGACGUGAAAGCACACGGACACCAGUCACCGUGAAAGUUACCUUUGCCAGCGGUUAUGGUCACCGUUCACUCUGUUGAACGUUUGCAAACAUGUCACCAUAAGUUGGUGGCCGCGCACAGAAUGGUAGUUAACGCUGGUAGUUAAACUAGUUAGUGCUAUAACUAACUACAAGUGCUAAACUCCGGUAAACCAAACCCGACUCUCGAAGCUGUGAACCACCUCUACGUUUGGAGCGCGCCUCGGACUGGUGACAAAGUUGGGAGUGCGUCCUAAGCGAACGCUGGUGUUGCCGCUCGGGUGUGGGAUUUUAGAAACUAAUGGACGUUUGUCAUGUUUUAAAAAGUGUCUUUUCUCCGUGCGAGGCUGCACUAGCUCCCGGUUUGCGGGUUCGAGGACUGAACUCGCCCCCCGCUAUUGAAACUGGAUACAAAAUGGCGGCCUCCCCGGGACGAUUUGGAUGUGCUUCUCGUGUUUUUUAUUUAUUUUUGGCACUCCAACUUUGUAUCGCCGGUGGACGGAGUUCCGAGUUGCGGUGUGUCCAGAACUGUACCUGCGAGGGGGAUUCGGUGGACUGCAGCAAUCUACAGCUGACAGCUCCGCCCGUGGACCUGCCUGCCCGGACCGUCUCCUUAAAUCUUGGCCACAACAAGCUGUCUGCCAUCGACGUGAACGCGUUCGCCAAGCUGCCCAAUUUACGAGAGUUGCGGCUGGACCACAAUGAGCUGACCUCCAUACCCGAUUUGGGCCACGCCGCCUCGAAGAUGGUGUCCCUCUACCUACAUCAUAACAAAAUCAGUAGCAUUGAGGGUCCACGGACCAGGGACCUUGUUUCUCUGGAGACCUUAGACCUGAGCAACAAUGACAUCACCGAACUACGAGGACACUCCUUCCCUGCCGACCUCCAGAUUAGAGAUUUGUACCUCAGCAACAACAAGAUCGCUACAUUGGAGCAGGGAGCGCUGGACCAUCUGGGCUCCACUCUCCAGGUCCUGAGAUUGAGCCGAAACCGCAUCAGUCAGAUUCCCGUGAAGGCAUUCCAACUCCCGAGGCUCACCCAGCUCGAGCUGAACAGGAAUCGUAUCCGCCAAGUGGAGGGUUUGACCUUCCAGGGCCUUUCCAGCUUGGAGGUGCUGAAGCUGCAAAGGAACAGCAUCAGCAAGCUGACUGAUGGUGCCUUCUGGGACCUCGCCAAGAUGAAAGUCCUACACCUGGACUACAACAGCCUGACGGAGGUGAACAGCGGAUCCCUCUACGGCCUGACUUCUCUUCAGCAGCUUUUCCUCAGCAACAACUCCAUAACCCGCAUCAAUCCUGACGGCUGGAAGUUCUGCCAGAGGCUAAGGGAACUGAAUCUGUCGUACAACAACCUGACUCGUCUGGAUGAAGGCAGUCUGGCCGUGCUGGGGGAUCUCCACAGCCUCCGUCUGGGGCACAACUCCAUAAGCCACAUCGCUGAAGGAGCCUUCAGAGGCCUCAGGGCUGUACGCAUCCUGGAGCUGGACCACAACCACAUCUCAGGCACGAUAGAGGACACCAACGGGGCCUUCUCCGGACUGGACAGCCUCAGCAAGCUAACUCUGUUUGGAAACAAGAUCAAGUCGGUGGCAAAGAAAGCCUUCGCCGGCCUAGAGACCCUGGAACGCCUGAACCUCGGGGAGAACGCUAUUCGCUCAAUCCAGCCCGAUGCCUUCAGCGAGAUGAAGAACCUGAGAACCCUUCUCAUCCAGAGCGACAGCUUCCUGUGCGACUGCCAGCUCCAAUGGCUGCCCGGGUGGCUGCGGAGCCGGGGUCUACAAGCCGCUGUCAACGCCACAUGCGCCCACCCUGGAAGCCUGAAGGGCACCAGCGUUUUCCAGGCUCCGCCCAGCAGUUUUGUGUGUGAUGACCUUCCCAAGCCUCAGAUCACGGUUCAGCCAGAAACCACCGUCACGGUUCUCGGAAGCAACGUACGUCUUACCUGCACGGCCGCGAGCAGCAGCUCCUCCCCCAUGACCUUCGCCUGGCGCAAGGACCAGGAGCUGCUCCGCCACGCCGAGACGGAGAACUACGCUCACGUCCGCACGCAGCGCCACGACGCGGCGUCCGACGGGCCAGGAAGCGUGAUGGAGUACACCACCAUCCUGCACCUGCGGCACGUCACCUUCGCUCACGAGGGGCGUUACCAGUGCAUCAUCACCAACCACUUUGGCUCCACCUACUCCGGCAAGGCCCGCCUCAUCGUUAACGUGCUGCCAUCUUUCAUCAAGACCCCCAGGGACGGCACCAUCAGGACCGGCCACACCGCCAGGCUGGAGUGCGCCGCCGAGGGCCACCCGGCGCCGCAGAUCGCCUGGCAGAAGGACGGAGGCACCGAUUUUCCCGCCGCUCGUGAACGGAGGAUGCACGUCAUGCCCGACGAUGACGUGUUCUUCAUCAUGGACGUCAAGCCGGAAGACAUGGGCGUGUACAGCUGCACCGCCAAAAACACGGCAGGGACCGUGUCGGCCAACGCCACCCUCACCGUGCUGGAAACGCCACACCUGGCCCAGGAGCUGGAGGACCGCAGCGUGGCUGUGGGCGACACGGUGGCCCUGCAGUGCAAGGCGCUGGGCAGCCCGCCGCCCCGCAUCACCUGGCUGCACGACGACCAGCCGCUGCGGCCCUCGGACCGCCACCACUUCACGCCCGGCAACCGGCUGCUGGUCAUCGGCGCGGCGGCGCUGGAGGACGCCGGCCGCUACACCUGCCUCAUGUCCAACACGCUGGGCACGGAGCGCGCUCACAGCCAGCUGCUGGUCACGCAGCGCCGCGGCCCCUGCGCCCCGCCCGCCGGCCUGAGCACGGUCACCGUCGGCAUCAUUGUCAUCGCCGUGGUGACCAGCAUCGUGGUGACCUCGCUGGUGUGGGUGUGCAUCAUCUACCAGACCAGGAAGAAGAGCGAGGACUGCAGCGUCACCAACACGGAUGAGACCGUUGUUCCUCCCGACGUGCCCAGCUACCUGUCCUCUCAGGGAACGUUGUCCGAGCGCCAGGACGUGUGCAUCCGAGUGGAGGCCGCCGGUGGCCCUCAGCCUAACGGACAUGUUGGAGAACCAUCAGGUUUCGAGGGUCCAGUCGUGUGCACAGAUUGCAUGGAGACCAGCAGCCAGUACUCCAAAGACCUGGACUACCAGAAGCAGGACUUUGCUCCGGCGGGGGUUACGGAGUACCACCAGCACCCUUCCCCCCCUCCUUACUCUCACUGUUACCCGGGCGACCACACGGCACCGCUGUGCAACGGCGUUCCAAAGGACACUCAAGGAUUUUCCGACAAUCCCAACGGUAGAAAAGCGAGCGCCAGAGGAGGAACGUCGUCGGCUCGCACGUCGCAGGAAGAUUCUUACCACCCUCCAGUGAAGCUGAGCGGCCGCGGACACGGGAACGUUGACUGUGAGCCUGAGCUCAAGCAGACGCUGCUGUCCAACGGACACGCCCUCAGGGCGUCGCCCAAUGAGAGCGCCCCCCUAAGGAGAGCCAGCGACUAGCGGCGUAGCGCAGCUUGAGCCGCGUUGACUUUUUAUUGUCUUUCUUUGCACUGGGACAUAAACUGCUACCUCAUAGCGAGGCAAAACCGCCCCCCCCCAUCUUGGGGCGGGGGGUGGGUGAUCCGGAGUUUUGAAGGCGGAGCUUGUGUGGGUGGCGUCCCAUCUGAGCGUUACGUGCUGUACAUAGUUUUAAACAACCUUCCGUUGGGAGGUGACCACUAAGAAUUAGCUCCGAAAAAUGUGACUUGAAGCGUGUAAAUGUCGGCCAGCGUGCAGGACAACUGUACAUAAGAGUAUUCUUAUAUAUAUAUUAUAUCACUUUUACACAAACACUAUUUGGAUUUACGUGCAUGACAAAGAAAGGAGUGAAUAUUUUUCUUCAAAAAAAAAACAAAAACAAAGAAACCCCCCCCCCCCCCCCCCCCCCAGCCCUUUUCAGCUUUUACCAAGUCCGCUGCGGUGCCUUAUUGCAUGUCAAAGGAAACACUGGUUUUUACUGAGAUUGCAAACUCAACACUUGAUUGCACUUGUCUUCCCUUCGGUCAUCCUGCCAGUCACACGGCAUCACGCCACCAGAUGGUUAUUUAUGGAUGUGGAAUGAAGGACCAGCUUGGGAGCCGCCAUCGUCACAUGAUGCAGUCACAUGAUGCAGUCACAUGAUGCAGUCACAUGAUGCAGUACCUUGUUUCUCUCUGUCGUCAGCUUCUUUUUUAACGCUUCGCGUUCUCCACUUUCAACGGUUGAAAGUGAAGCGGCGAGCCUUUUGUUGUGGCCAGCAUCCUGAGCCGGUCACUUCAGCUCCUCAAACGUUUUAUCUGAACUGUGACCCCAUCCGGGUGUACUGAUACAGAUGCUGAGGGAUGCGCACACUGGAUGGCAGCGAUCACGUGACCAGGCUAAAGGGACAAAUGACUCGGUUGAAAGUAAUUUAUGAAUAAAACACCUUGGAUGUGAAAAAGAAUGGAUUACGUGUCUAUCAUGGCAUUGAAGUGUGUAAUAAAAUCACAUUUGGCUUUAUUAAAA